ACAACUCUUCAGUAUCGAACAGUGUCGCAUUGCAGGAAUACCACUGACAUACAAUACUAACGGCGCGUUGCUCAUCGUGUUCUUCCAACGCUCAUUGCAAACGAUAUCUGAAAAAACUCUCUUGUCAUUAAAGAUACACUGUGAAACAAUCAUCAGCAAUGCAUCAUUUCCAAUAAGACAUCCAGUGAAAUAAAAUCCGUUGAAUCUCGUCAGAGAAAAAACUGCUGACACAACUAGUGUAUUUUGUGGUUAGGAUUUGAACUUGAAAGUUCUACUUUGCCAAUUAGCUGUAAUAAAUAGUGACAAAAUGAGGGCUGCUGUUUUUUCUCUCUUCCUCGUUGGUCUUCUAAGUAGCGGCUGCGCUGAUGAAACCAUCGAAAACGCAGAAGAUGCUUUGCAGAAACUCAACUCGAUUGUGGACAUUCCUGAGUUAAAAAAUGUAAACGCCUCUGGAUUGCCCAUCGCAGAAGUUCAGAAUUUAGUCGAAAAAAAAUGCGAAAAGAAUGGAGGACCCUCAGCUUUUGGUAACGCCAAAAAGGGAAUUGAAGACAUGGGAAAUUGUCUAAAGUCGCUAGUGAAUGUAACUCAGCUGCAGAUUGAAAUGGAAGCUGCAAAACCUACUGGCGAUUUGGACGAAGUAUUCAAAAAGUAUUGUCAAAAGACACCAAUUUUAAAACAGUGCGUCCUUGACUUGACGACUUCCCUGGAACCUUGUCUCGAACCUUUGGAGAGAGCAAACAAACCAAUUGUUUUGAACAUCACCAACAGUCUCCUCGAUUUUAUUUGCUUCAAGGAAGGAGACCGCAUUGCUUUGUUUAUCUCUGCUGGAGGACCUGAAUGUUUCCAAGCCAAACAGAGUCAAGUUCAACAAUGUUUGAAUUCUACCUACGGAGAAAGCAUUGAAUCAGCUGCAAACGCGAGCUCAGUUUCCGAUAUGGUUUUGCCACUCUUCGUCUUCAACCACAAAGCAUGCAGCGAUUUGGUCAGACUUCAAGAAUGCGUAGUGAAAGAAUUGGAAACUUGCGAGGAUCCAACUCCAGCCAAUAUUGCAGAUUCUCUUUUCACCUUCGUCAGAAGAGUUACACCUUGCGAAAAAUUGCUAGGUAGCUCAGAUACAAUUAAUACUAAAGUCCUAGCUUAUACCGAUUCCACGAACCCUAAUUCCUCUUCCACCCUCACCAGGUCCUUCAUUUUCUCAACAAUUUUUCCUUUUUGUCAUCAUGGCGGGAAGAGGGCAGAAACAACAUCUGAUGAGGAAUCCAUAAAUGAUGCGUGCAGCGAGACGAGUGGCCUGUCGGACCCUAAUAUACUGGAUGAAAUUAACGAUAAUGAGGUAGAUGAACCUACCCAGCUAGAUGCUUUUGAAGAUAAUCUGAAGGAAGCCAUCGACGGAUUAACACAAAAGAGCGCUAAGGGAAGAACUGGCUGCUUCCAGGCAAUUGAGAAAAUUUUCGCCACCAAGUAUGUUCCUGAUUUCGUUGAGGACAGAAAAAUGACAAUUUCAGAUUCGGUUGAACGAGGGUUAAAAAAAGGCCGCGGCGAAGAACAAUCAACUGCCGCAAGAUUGAGUACACUACUUUGUGUUCAAUUGGGAGCUUUUGACAGUGCCGAACUCGUUUGUAGGGAUCUCAAAUCCACCCUGACCUUCAUUGCUAACGACAAUUCCGCUUCCACGAAUGCCAGAUCUGAGUGCUGCUGGGCUUUGAGCAUGAAUCAAUUCUUCUCUGGGAAUGAUGAGUCUGACACGGUUGAAAUAAAUCAAGUACUGACGGCAAUUUUUGCUGGUUCAUAUCUGAAAGGCAAUGGUGCAUUGGCAACUGUCUCGGCAGAUAUGGCAGCACUUCACGCAGCUGCAAUUUCUUCCUGGACUUUGCUUUUGUCUGUGAUGGCCCCAUCUGAUGUUUACAGAAUUCUCGGAAGCAGCCAAUCCAGAAAUUUCAUGCCGUCCUUGAACCGAUUGCGAGAGUUGCUGCAAUCUCCACAUCUAGAUGUGCGUCUCUCAGCCGGAGAAGCAUUGGCGGUGAUAUUUGAACUUGGUCGCGACUACUGUGAUGAUUACGAACAAGAGUGGGCUCUAGAUCUUGUUGACAUACUUAAGGAUUUAGCGACAGAUUCCAACAAAUAUAGAGCGAAGAAAGAUCGUAAACAACAACGUGCCAGCUUUAGAGACAUUUUGCGAUAUGUUGAGGAAGACAUUAUACCGGAAAUGCAAAUCAGAUUUGGCAGGGAAGUUUUGUGUCUAGAAGGUUGGUGCGCUCGAACUCAAUACAACGCGUGCUGCAGACUCCUCGGUCCUGGAAUUAAUAUUCAGCUCUCGGAAAACCAUCUUUUGAGGGAAAUUUUUCACCUUGGGAAUCGAGUCUUACCUAUGGAUCCAAACCAGAAGACCUCUAAGCUGGAAAAGACUCUGAUGAAUGCAGCAGCCUUUAAGGCAAGGACUCUCAUUCGAAGCAAAAACCGCGACAAGCGUUCAAUAGCUUUGUCGAUGUAACUUUUCUCACCUUACUCGUUAGAUAAUUGACUAAAAUAAGAAAUUAUCGGCUGUCUUGUAUCUUUAAUUUAUUGUAACAAUCAUCAGGUAAUGAGAGAAUUACCUUAUCAGAAUGGAAAAAAAUACAAACUGUAUAUACAUAGUCAAUAAGACAAUAGUGCAGAAUGCUUGGGUAAGAUUCGCAGAAUACUUGCCCCGAAAUUAUUGUAGCCUUUAAUACUUUUGCUAAUCGAGAUACAUUGUACGUGCCUAAAUUAUUUAUUGUAUAUACAUGAUUUUACUUGUUGACUGCAUAUUUUAGAUAAACAAAUUCUGUUUUUGUUAAGUGAUCGCAAGUAGCACUAUUAGGUUUCCCUCUGUGGAAAAUUACAUUUUUUAUGAUGACGUUUUUUUAAAAAAAAAAAGGUGCAGUAUUUCAUAAUUUGGACGAAGGCAAGACAAGCAUUUAUGAGUAGUGGGUAUCUAAAUACAAUAAAAUACGUGUAAUUUAUUAUCGUAUUCCGCUUCACAAUCGAAUAUACUUUACUAAUUUGUGUAUCUACUUCUGUAAAAAUUUGUUGGAAAUUGAGUGUUUAUGACCAAUUAAACACAUGAUUCCUCGCUGGUUUAAGGGGCGUUGUUUUAUUUGUUGAUUUUUCAUGUGUAGAUUAAGUGGAAUUUAAUAAAGAAGAUUUACAUCACAAGUA